UAGUAUGUGAUUUUAACUUGAAUUAAAUGCAUUUGCCUUUUUACAGCAUACCGGUAUGUCAGAAGUAACCUACCCACACAUUCGGUAUAUUUCAUCAAGAAUGACUGGAUUUGGCCGAACAUAUGAGGAUCUGCUUCAUUUAGAAGAGAGAUUAGGAAAUGUCAAUCGGGGUGCCUCUCAGGGAACUAUUGAGAGGUGCACUUAUCCACACAAGUACAAAAAGGUUUUAUUUUUUCUGCAGAGAAAGCUGCACGGUAAACAGGACGACGACGAGGGAGCAGAAGAAGACACCGAAGAGAAAUGUACCAUCUGUCUUUCUAUGCUCGAGGAAGGAGAGGAUGUCAGACGCCUUCCCUGUAUGCACCUUUUCCACCAACUGUGUGUCGAUCAGUGGCUCACCACCAAUAAGAAAUGUCCCAUUUGCAGAGUGGAUAUCGAGGCCCAGCUCUCGGCUGAAAGUUGAUGCUAUUUUCAAGAACUUUCAUUUUUGUUUUUCUCAGUACUGCAAUCAACCAAAGAUGGCAUGAAUUACCUGCGCAGAUUCAAAAAUAAAACAACAAAAAAAGCAUUGAACCUAGAGUGCCAGCUAAGUCACAUAGUACCGUUAAUGCUAGAACUACAUUCAGUAUAGAUUUAAAAUUUUAUUGUAUUUAUAAAGCUUUUUUUAUGUAGCUUUUUAAUAGUUUUAUUCUGUGUCAUUUUUAUUUUUGCAUGGUUCUGUGUAAUGCAUUUAUUUGCACAUAUAAUGGGCUUCACGUCCUCAGACUUGCAGGCAAGAAUAACUGCUCUAGAAAGGUAGCAUUUGUUUUUAAGAUUUUUAUUUUAUCAAAAUGCCUUGCUUUACUGGAAUAGAAUGUCAACAUCCAUUACUAACCUUACAGGAUUAAUUUAAUUGAUCAUUAUAUAUUAGUUUUAUGUAUAGAGAUUGUGAUCAACUAGUAAAGGAAAUAUAAAUCAAGAGAUUUUUUUCAUUAGGAAGAACAGCUGCUGUAUUAAAUUUGGUAGAUGGCGUCAUUCAGUGUCAGCCUAGUGGGGAAAAGACUGAACCAUCAGUUGUAAACAGUAAUUAGGAAAUGCAUAAAAAGCCAUUUCCCUUUCUUCACACACCUUUAUUUAAAUGUUCACUUUCCAUGCUUAAUUUAACACAAUAUAUGAAUGUCAAAUAAUUAUGUAUUUUGACUGUUCUUUUAACUGAUAGGCACGUAGUUGAGCAGUGGGAUGCAGGCAGAGUUGAUCCUAUCAAAUAGCUGUUAGGACCACUGCUCAGACGUUUCCCAUGCUUGGUUUCAGAAGCUGUGAUUUUUGAUUUUUUUUUCAAUUGGCCGUGGGCAGAUUACAUUUCGACCUGUAAUCUUAUUGCAAACAUAAACAACUUAAUUGCAGCUAUACUUUGCAUGGUUUGUCUGGCAAACACAGCUAAGACAUGUUCACUGCUCCUGCUGGCUUGACUGGUCUGCAUAGAUUGUGUGUAUAUAUUUUUUUCUUUUAGUACUGGUUGUCAUAAAUUUACCUUUUGUCUCUGUAAUGUUGCAACAAACACAUUUGCUGCCGUGAACAACUCUUAAACACUAAUAUUAAUCUCAACUAGCUAAAUUGCAUAUACUUGCACAUAAAGGUGAAAAAAAGAGACUGUCAAGAGACCUGUGAAAAAGGAAAAAAAAAAAAGUGCGUCAAGGUAAUGUAUUUCCGCUAGGAUUGCAGAAUUUUUGAAAUUAUAACAUUAUAAAUGGAGUGUUGGAAUGGAGUACUAAUGGCAGGUAUCCAUGCAUUCAUAGACUUUUAAUGGCCCCAGGAUGCAUUUCCAAGGGAUUUAUAUUAGUUUAAAAUAAAAUAAAAAAGAAAUAAAGUUAAGUAACUCUUA